UUGACAACCAUACCAUUUGGGGAAUGUAUCUAGGCUGUCCGGCGAAGUUUUCUGCAACAAAUGUGCGGCUUUACUGGGAGAUGGAGACACCAGUGUUCACGUCUGUUGUGAAUUAAAAAGGAGAUCCGGUGUAAACUGAACGGUUGGUGUAUCGUCACUGUGAGUUAAACCAUGGACUGACCACUACAGACCUCCAGACCAGCUUCCAGCCACUAUGUCCUAGCUAACAGCAGCACAGCCCCCUCCCCCGACCAUCCUGUCAUUUAAAACCCCAAGUCCCUCUCUACAUUCCCUCCCUCUCCCAGUCCCUCACACCCCUUUCUGAUGUGGUGAUAUCUGGUCGUACCACCCUUCUGGCGUGAUGGGCAGCCUGCCCCAGCAGCAUCAUGGCAGCACAGGCUCCGAGCGAGACCUCCACUCCGCCGCCUCCUCCAUCAGCAUCCCGUCGGUUAGAAAGACCCCCAAAAAGCGCCGACUGUCCCUCCACUCACUCUUCAGCCGCCGGCGUCGGCCCGACCGCGACCCCAAGCACAAGUCCAGGCCUCUGCAGGCCGGAGUCGCCGUGGACGGCGUUGUCGGCGCCGAAAGCGUCCAGUCGGAGGCGGUCCACGAUAAAACCUCUGCCCCCUGCGCUCCGGCCGUCGCAUCGACUUCGUCGGUGUCGGUGCCGGGUUCUUCUUCGUCGGAGCUGCUGGAGUGCCCGCUGUGCCUCCUGCGCCAUGCGCGCGAGCUCUUCCCGGACAUCAUGACCUGUCACCACCGCUCCUGCGCCGACUGCCUGCGACAGUACCUGCGCAUCGAGAUCUCCGAGUCGCGCAUCAACAUCUGCUGCCCUGAGUGCUCGGAGCGCUUCAACCCCCACGACAUCCAGAUGAUCCUGGGCGACCGAGCCGUCAUGGAGAAGUACGAGGAGUUCAUGCUGAGGAGGUGGCUGGUUGGCGAACCCGACUGCCGCUGGUGCCCGGCCCCCGACUGUGGUUACGCAGUCAUUGCGUUUGGCUGUGCCAGCUGCCCAAAGAUCACCUGCGGGCGUGAGGGCUGUGGGACCGAGUUCUGCUACCACUGCAAACAGCUGUGGCAUCCCAACCAGACGUGUGACACCGCGCGGCAACAAAGGGCCCAAUCCCUCCGGCUGAGGACUUUCCGGUCCUCCUCCCUCAGCUACAGCCAAGAGAGUGGAGCCGCAGGUGACGACAUCAAGCCGUGCCCUCGCUGUGCCGCCUACAUCAUCAAGAUGAAUGACGGAAGCUGUAAUCACAUGACCUGUGCUGUCUGCGGCUGCGAGUUCUGCUGGCUGUGUAUGAAGGAGAUCUCCGACCUGCACUAUUUAAGUCCAUCAGGCUGCACAUUCUGGGGGAAGAAGCCCUGGAGCAGAAAGAAGAAGAUCCUCUGGCAGCUCGGCACGUUGGUGGGUGCACCCGUGGGCAUCGCCCUCAUAGCCGGCAUCGCCAUCCCUGCAAUGAUCAUUGGCAUCCCGGUCUACGUGGGCAGGAAGAUCCAUAAUCGCUACGAGGGCAAGGACAUCUCUAAACACAAGAGGAACUUGGUAAUAGCAGGUGGUGUGACGCUGUCUGUGAUCGUGUCGCCUGUGGUAGCAGCAGUCACCGUUGGUAUCGGUGUUCCCAUAAUGCUGGCGUACGUCUACGGAGUUGUCCCAAUCUCACUGUGCCGGAGCGGCGGCUGUGGAGUGUCCGCUGGCAAUGGCAAAGGGGUGCGAAUAGAGUUUGACGACGAAAAUGACAACAUAGGCAGCGGGGCAGCGGCCACAGACACGACCUCCGUGGCAGAGACUCGGCUCAACAAUCCCAGCCUCGGAGAUGGAGCGAGCGUCGGUGGCCUGACGGGCCUGAGUGUCAGUGGGAGCCACAUGGAGCGCUGCGGCAUGAGCUCCACUCAGCGGGACAACAUGAGCGACAACGCCAGCACCACGGCCCUCGCCGGGACCAGCAUCACCGGCAGCCUCUCUGGCAGCUGCUACAACAGGAUGGAAGUGCAGGCUGAUGUCCAGAAGGAGCGCUGCAGUCUGAGCGGGGAGUCGGCCACCGUCAGUCUCGGGACAAUCAGUGACAACGCGAGCACAAAAGCCAUGGCAGGAUCCAUCCUCAAUGCCUAUAUGCCUCUGGAAAGAGACAAUAGUCUGGAUGUUCAGACAGACGUGGAGUCCAAACAGGAGAAGGUGAGGCACUGCAGCGUCAGCAGCAGCCUGGAUGAGGCCAGCUGUAGCAGCAGCGCUGCCGGCCUUAAAGGUGCAAGCGGCGGCACGUGCUCAUGCCCUUCAACCUGCUGCUGUGCGCAGCUCGACAACCACUGCUGCCCCUCGUCCCCCUGGUCAAGGGAACCCCCCAUUUCAGGAAGCAAGAAGAGGAGUGGAAAGCUUUGGAAAAGAGCCAGCAGCAGCAGCAAAGGAGACGCAAAGAUGAGCGAGACACGAGGCGAUGUGGACGCUCAGCUUCUGGAGCAGCGCAGCACCAACUCCUCCGAGUUCGAUUCGCCGUCUCUGAGCGGCAGCCUGCCCUCAGUGGCCGACUCGCACUGUAGCCACUUCUCCUCGGAGCUCAGCUGCUCGGAGCCUGAAACCUCGAGACCGGCGCAUCCGUCAUGCUCCUUCCCAACGGAACCCCACCUCCAUCAUCCCGCCGCCGCCUUCAAUGACAUCGCCAUCUCGCCCAUGCCCGAGGUGGAGAACGACCGCCUGGAGCAUUAUCCACCUCAGAGUAGCCACGCAGCCUUCACCCACCGCGUGCUGUCCUCAUCUCCGCCCGCGUCACCGAAAGAGGAGAAUAGCGGGACGUUGCUACACAUCAGCGAGGAGAGUGGAGGCGCCAUCGCAGACGCGGAGCCAGAGAAGGACAAGAGAAUAAAAGAGACCAAACACUCUGCCGCGCAGCCUGUAAGCCCAACAAGAACCCGCUGUAUACAAACUGAUAUCUGAAGAAGCUCUCCUGUUCUUUGGGCGUGGGCGUCAGUUAGCCUUAUCACAUAAUUUCACUAUUCAGUGCAGCUUGGGAGGCUGGUGGUCGAGUUUGAAGCUAUACGUUUAAAUCUAGUCAUAUUGUUACCUGCUGUGGGUGCAGGCGGGAAUAUUGUGUGAAUGUCAGUCCAUACAGUUACAGAGAGGGAGAGAGAGAUUUGUGAAUAUAGCAAACGGGAGCACAGUAAAGUCGAAAGCAGAUCAGUAGGUUUUGUUCUUUAGUGACAGAACAAGCAAUGUGUGAAGCAGAAGUUUCAGCCUGCUGUUGAAACGUCGACUGGAGCAACAAGGCCUUUAGCAGGUGGAUUUGAAUGUAUGUGGACAGGUUGUAAAGUAGGUUAUCGGGCUGACCUGCAUAGUCUGACCCCUGAAUGGUGUUCUGAAUACAAGCUUGAGGCAGAUUUUGUUAGAAAGUGACGAAGCGGAAUAGGAGCAAGUAAAACAUGGGAAACUCUUUUCAAUACUAAGUUGAGCUGCUAUUAUAAAGCCUGAACCUAUCCUCCCUCGGGACAUCUGCAGAAAUCCGGUUUGCAUGAAUCGGGGAUGGAUACAUCCUCACUGUGGUCCACCGCUGUGCCACCAUCGUUCUGUGACUUCUUAAAACGGCAUGAAUAACAACACGGCUAAAGGGUUGUUGAGCCUGAGAGAGGGACCAGUCCGUGCAGUAGCAAAUUAUAUUUUUCCAUAAUCAUCUAUAAGAAAAGAAAAUAGUAUUUUUGCUUGUGUUUUAAAAUGUGACUCACGAUUCUUCGUGCUUUCGUCUUUGCCCAUUUUUAUUUUCCAUUUUGGGAAAGUUGAUUUUAAUGUUGAAGCCCUGUGUUGGGUCCAAACUGUUUUUAGUAUGAUCGGGGGGGGGAGUUGUGUUGACAACGGUUUAAAAUGUAGCCCUCUUUAAUAAAUAAAGUGGAUUUAAGACAGUUGCCAUCUUCACAAGCCUCUGUCUGCACUGGUAAAAUAAUACUUUUUGGUUUUGGUUGCACCUGUGUAAAUGUAACCAUCACUGCAGUGUUUAGUACAUUGUGGAGUUUUUAGAAGGUAUAUUCAAGAAAGGGAAUUUUAAGUUAUUCUUUGUUAAUGGAACUAAGAAAAAGCCCAAUCUUUAAAUUUGAAACUGUAGCAUUUCUUACAUUUUUAUUGGGCUUGUUUUAGUAAUCAUUCACUAAAACUGGAAAGUCAAACAAACGACGCAUUUGCAAUAAGAAAAAUAAGCUUUUAAAUAACUAUUCACAAGAGAAGUCCAGUCAAGGGCACACAUCAACUUACUAACUAUAGCAAAAACAAACUCUCUCACAGAUAAAGGUGCACAUACAUCAUCCAUCAGUGAUUUAAUAUUCAGUAGUGAAUGUAUGAUGAUAACAGGGUUACAUUUUUGAUUCUCCCUCAGUAAUAUCCAAAUCAAAAUAUAAUUUUUGAUUCAGAGCUUUGUGUGUAUUUAACUACAAUGUGUUUUAAGGUGUUUUAAUCCUCGCAAAUGAUUAAUGCAACAAUUUUUAUUAUUUUUUUGGACCCACAGUGCCUUUUUGGGGAAAAAUCAUUUGCAUCGUGUUUUUAUUUCCUCAUUCUGUAUGUCUUCAAAUAAUAAUAUUAAAAAGUCAUGAGAAUGGAUUUUAUUAGCUGUCACACUAGCUUGACUGCUCUCAGGCCACGACAUUAAACCUGAUUCUGGGGCAGUACUAUAAAUCUCAAUACCAAAACAUUUGUUGGGGUUAUUUAUUAGGAAUAAUAUUUAGAAAAUAUUUCCCUCAAUUAGCCAAAGUCAGUCCACCUGUGUUGUCAGUCGGCUCCUGUUGGCAAUAAACCCCAGUUUAUCAGAAGCAAUCUGCAUUUCGAGUAUCAGACGUUCGGUUCAGCAGCUGUUGUGAAUUUCCAGCCUGACCAGAUUACUUUGCUGGGAUGUCAACCAGCUGAGCUCAGCAGGAGCCUGAAAGAGUUGCGGUGCACCUCACAUGCUGCAGGAUAUUCCCUUCUGUUAAAUAUGCCUGUAUGAUACCUGUGAGUUUUAUAUUAUUAUUUGAAGACUAGUGACAGGUCUAUUUUCUAACUUGGUCAAAAGAAGCUAUUUGAAAAAUGAUAUUCCCAAAUGAUUUGCUUUAUGUGCAUGUAAAUGCAUAUCCUUAAACAAUAAAAAAAACACAAUCAC